CACUUCUGGCUCUCUGGGUAAGUUUAUUAUCUUCUUGCUGCCUGCAUAUUGGAAUCUUGGGAACCUGUGAUCUUAAUCUCUUCCUUGCGAAUUUCAGCUUUGGCUAGAUUCCCCCAACUUUAUGGGUGUUGUCCUUUUUUUCUUUUUUUCUUUUUUUCUCUUUUUCCACUGUACUUGAGUGGAUGAGUUCAUAUUUUUCAAUCUCCUUGUUUGCCUGCAUUUUUUUCUUGAUGAUCUCAUAUGGGUUCAGGAGUUUGUUGAUUCCUGUUGCAAAAAGUUUGAAUCUUGUGACCUAAGAGUACUGUAUAUAUGUGGGUCAUUUUUAUUUUUUUUUCUCUUUCUAAAAUCUAUAUAGCUUUCUUGUUCAUGCGGUUUAGUAAUAUUUUAGCUUUCUCCAGAUUAUGAUCUCCUCAUUCUUGCAUGUAAGUUAGCACUUGAACAAAUCAAGAGUUAGAAUUCUGGUUAGAAAUAGUUAUUUUCUGGGAACUUGGAGUUGAGUCUGUGAUCUGAAGCAUUUUGGUGAAAAAUUUAAUUAGUCUGGUUGGGAAUGUUGAAAUCUUUUCUUCUUCUUCUGAGUUCUGACCAUUUUCAUUAAUUGCUCCACCCAUUUUACUGUUUUUUGACAUGUGAUAACUUUGACAGUUGAUUCUUCUGCUUUAUCAUGGAAAAAAAAAUUGCUUAUUUGAAUGUGAUUAGCAGCUUUUUUUCAUUUUUCAUUUAUCUUUUUUGCUUUUUGUUGUCCAAUUAUUUGCAGAUUGAGUAGAUGUUGGUAAGUGGCUAAAUUUGAAUAUUAAUGUGCUGCCUGGAAGACGAUGCCAAACCAGCUAUGGUCUGCACUGCUGAAGAUCUGCUGGACUGGAAGGAUUUCCCUAAAGGCCUUAAAGUCCUACUUAUUGAUGGGGAUAGUUGCUCUGCAGCAGAAAUGAGAUCAAAGCUCGAGGAAAUGGAUUAUCUUGUUUCUGCAUUCGAUAAUGAGAAUGACGCUUUGUCGGCAAUUUCAAGUAAAUCUGAGUGCUUCCAUGUUGCUAUCAUUGCGGUGAAUACUGAAAGCUCUGACGGCACGCUCAAAUUUCUUGAAGCUGCUAAAGCAUUGCCGACUAUAAUGAUGUCCAACAAUCGUUGUCUAAGUACCAUGAUGAAGUGCAUAGCGCUUGGUGCAGUUGAGUUCCUUCAGAAACCUGUAUCUGAUGACAAACUACGGAAUAUAUGGCAGCAUGUAGUUCAUAAGGCAUUCAAUGCAGGAGGAAAGGACGUCUCAGAAUCACUCAAACCCGUUAAAGAGUCCGUGAUUUCCAAGCUGCACCUUGGAUUAGGAGAUGCAGAAACAGAUAAACAAGUAUCCAUUAAACAGGAAAAAUUGCUGCCAGAUAUUGACCCCAGCCCGGAACUGCUGUCUGGUUCUGAUAAGUAUCCUGCUCCUUCAACCCCACAACUUAAACAAGGAGAGAGAUCUUCGAAUCAUGAAGAUUGCCAGGAUCAAGCAAACUUCUCUGUUGAGCAAGAUAACUGUGAACUAGAUGGGGAAUACAAAUCCGUCGAAACCACUUGUGGCAUUUCACUUUCUGACUGCAGUGCAUUUAGCAGUGCGGCAGGAGGAGAUGUUAACAUCAAAGAGGAGCAUGAAUCUAGUGAUGGAUGUCAGAGUGAACAAACCACUGCUCCUCCUGGUGGAAGUAAAGAUUGCGCAAGUAACGGCACUAGUGAUGCUAAUGAAACUAACAAAGCACCAACAGGCAAUGAUACUUGUGGAGUUAAAGCUACUAAGAGAAAGACAAAGGUAGACUGGACCUCCGAACUACAUAAAAAGUUUGUCCAGGCGGUUGAGCAACUUGGUGUAGAUCAGGCAAUACCUUCUCGAAUUCUAGAAUUGAUGAAAGUAGAAGGUUUGACCAGACAUAAUGUGGCAAGCCAUCUCCAGAAAUACAGGAUGCACAGGAGGCACAUUUUGCCGAAGGAGACUGAUCGUAGAUGGCCUCAUCCGGGAGAUCCUGCACAACGUAGCAGCCAUCCACAAAGACCUGUCAUGGCAUUUCCCACAUAUCAUGCUAAUCAUAACCUUCCUGCUGCUGGUCAGGUUUAUCAUCCUCCCUGGAUGCCUGUUGGUACUUAUCCUACAGGCAUCCACACGUGGGGUUCACCUUAUUAUCCUGGGUGGCAGAUGCCUAACGAGAACUGGCAUUGGAAGCCCUAUACAGGGCUGCAGGCUGAAGCAUGGGGAUGCCCUGUGAUGCCUCAAUCUGUUGGAUCUUGUUCCCAAUUUCCUCAGAGUGCACCAGAUUUCCCGAGUAUGAAGGAGAUGCCAUACACAAACAAUGUGCAUUGGAAUUCAUGUGAUUCUCAACCAGCAGAUGAGAUAGUUGACAAGGUAGUGAAGGAAGCAAUAAGCAAGCCAUGGUUACCACUACCAUUGGGCCUAAAAUCACCCUCAACAGAAAGUGUCCUAAAUGAACUCUCUAAGCAAGGCAUCUCAACAAUCCCUCCUCAUUCCAAAACCAAAGUCUCCCAUAUUUUCUGUUGA